CACACACACACACACACACACACACACACACACACACACACACACACACACACACACACACACACACACACACCCUCUCCUCAUAUCCCUCUCCUCUUCCUUGGGCCUCCGGAUCCACUCCGGAUUUUUCACUGUCACAGAUGGAGGUCGCGCGUGUUCCCGGUCUGGAAACGGCGAGCACUGGGUGAAGCGUUGUGGAGGACGUGUGUGACCAUGCCGUAAUGUUUCCGCUACGUCAAGAGCCUUUAUAGCGACACACACAGACACGCACGCACAAGCGCGCGUGGAGGUCUAUGCUUGUUUCCACCUGUAAGAUGGAAGAGAAACAGCGGCAAUAAGAUGGGCAGAAUCAGAGCGCGCGUAACUGAUCGAAUUGUCGUUUUCCCACCGAGACUAUUAUCGCUGGUGCCGCUGUUGCUGCUCGCGCUCUACACAGGCUGCAGUCACGCCAUGCCGCACGUCCUGAGAUUCGGAGGGAUUUUUGAGUCUAUCGAGAGCGGCCCUUCUGGUGCCGAGGAGCUGGCCUUCAAAUUUGCACUGAACACCAUCAACAGGAACCGGACGCUGCUGCCCAACACCACGCUCACUUACGACAUCCAGAGGAUCAAUGUCUUUGACAGCUUUGAGGCCUCAAGGAAAGCAGCUUGUGAGCAGCUCUCUUUAGGUGUGGCAGCCAUAUUUGGACCAUCUCACAGUUCCUCAGCCAAUGCAGUGCAGUCCAUCUCCAAUGCACUAGGAGUGCCACAUAUCCAGACUAGAUGGAAACAUCAAGUGUCAGAUAAUCGUGAUUCGUACUACGUCAGUCUCUAUCCUGACUUCUCCUCCCUCAGCCGUGCCAUCCUGGAGCUUGUUUACUUCUUCAGGUGGGAGUCGGUUACGGUGGUGUACGACGACAGCACGGGCACAAUAAGACACUCAGAUCUGAUCAAAGCUCCCUCCAGAUACAACAUCCGCCUGAAAAUCCGCCAGCUCCCUGCAGAGACUAAGGAUGCCAAACCGCUUCUUAAAGAGAUGAAAAAAGCGAAAGAGUUUCACGUCAUCUUUGACUGUGGCCAUGAGAUGGCUGCGUGGAUACUCAAGCAGGCUCUUUCUAUGGGGAUGAUGACAGAGUACUAUCACUACAUCUUCACAACACUGGAUUUGUUUGCAUUAGACAUGGAGCCGUAUCGCUUCAGCGGCGUAAACAUGACUGGCUUUCGGAUCCUAAACACAGAGAGUGCUCAGGUGUCUUCGAUCAUAGAAAAAUGGUCCAUGGAGAGACUACAGGCCCCUCCGAAGCCCGACUCGGGACUGCUGGAUGGAUUCAUGACGACAGAUGCAGCUCUGAUGUAUGAUGCCGUGCAUGUUGUAGCAGCAGCCGUGCAGCAGGCGCAGCAGAUCACUGUGAGCUCUCUACAGUGCAACCGACACAAGCCCUGGCGCCUCGGUGGGAGGUUUAUGAGCCUCAUUAAAGAGGCUUCUUGGGACGGUCUGACCGGGCGAGUUCUCUUCAACAAAACCAACGGCUUGAGAACAGAGUUCGAUUUAGAUGUGAUCAGUCUGAAAGAGGAAGGGCUGGAAAAGAUUGGUACAUGGGAACCUCUGAAUGGAUUAAACAUAACAGAUCAUCACAAGAGUAAAAUGGCCAAUGUUACAAACGCGUUGUUCAACAAAUCACUGAAGGUUGCCACAAUUCUGGAAGAACCCUAUGUGAUGUUUAAAAAGUCAGAUAAGCCUCUCUGUGGCAACGACCGCUUCGAGGGCUUUUGUGUGGACUUGCUACGUGAGCUUGCCGCUAUUCUAGGAUUCCGUUACGAGAUCCAGUUGGUGGAGGAUGGGAAGUAUGGAGCGGUAGAAGAGAGCACAGGCCAGUGGAACGGCAUGGUGCGAGAACUUAUGGACCAUAAAGCAGAUCUGGCCGUGGCUCCCUUGGCGAUAACAUAUGUGAGGGAGAAAGUGAUCGAUUUUUCAAAGCCCUUCAUGACUCUUGGCAUCAGCAUCCUGUACCGCAAACCCAAUGGCACAAACCCCGGCGUCUUCUCCUUCCUCAAUCCCCUUUCCGCUGAUAUCUGGAUGUAUAUUCUGCUGGCUUGCUUGGGUGUCAGUUGUGUGCUGUUUGUCAUAGCCAGGUUCAGCCCAUACGAGUGGUAUAAUCCUCAUCCCUGUAACCCUGAUUCUGACAUGGUGGAGAAUAACUUCACUCUGCUAAAUAGUUUCUGGUUUGGAGUUGGGGCUCUCAUGCAACAAGGGUCUGAACUGAUGCCCAAGGCUUUGUCUACCAGAAUAGUUGGAGGAAUCUGGUGGUUCUUCACCUUAAUCAUCAUUUCAUCAUACACAGCAAACCUCGCUGCCUUCCUCACUGUGGAGAGAAUGGAGUCUCCUAUUGACUCCGCUGAUGACCUGGCUAAGCAGACCAAGAUCUCCUAUGGUGUAGUCGAAGAUGGAGCUACCAUGACUUUCUUCAAGAAGACAAAGAUCUCUACUUAUGAUAAGAUGUGGGAGUUCAUGAAUAGCAGGAAGCAAUCUGUGAUGGUAAAGAGUGUAGAAGAGGGCAUCCAGCGAGUGCUGACUUCUGACUACGCGUUCCUCAUGGAGUCCACAACGAUUGAGUUUGUCACUCAGCGCAACUGUAAUCUCACCCAGAUUGGAGGCCUCAUAGAUUCCAAGGCUUAUGGAGUGGGAACACCUAUGGGCUCUGCUUACCGGGACAAGAUCACUAUAGCGAUUUUGCAGUUGCAAGAAGAAGGAAAGCUCCACAUGAUGAAAGAGAAAUGGUGGCGAGGAAAUGGUUGUCCAGAAGAGGAUAGCAAAGAGGCAAGUGCACUGGGAGUGCAAAACAUCGGGGGUAUCUUCAUCGUGCUGGCUGCAGGCUUGGUUCUCUCUGUUUUUGUUGCUGUGGGUGAAGUACUAUACAAGUCCAAACAGAAUGCACAAAUGGAGAAGCGAUCAUUUUGUAGUGCCAUGGUGGACGAGCUAACCGUGUCUCUGAAAUGCCAGCGGAGACUCAAACAAAAACCUCAGCCUCCCACCAUUGUCAAAACUGAGGAAGUGAUAAACAUGCACACCUUCAAUGACAGAAGACUGCCAGGAAAAGAGACCAUGGCUUGAGGGUCAUCACUUCCCUGCCUCUCUCCCCUCUCAGGGAGGUGUGAGAAAGUGUGGGGCAAGAGAGAGCCUGGGGCAGGAGUCAAUUCCACAAUGCCUUUGGGUCCACCUGGACCAAUCCAGCUCUUGUCCUCAGAGAUGUUUCCUGUGGAAAUCCAGAUACCUGGGCAAAAUAGAUCUGUAAACCUUUACGGAACUGCAUAGCAAAUAUAUCAGCUUAAAUCAGUCUCUUGCUAUGCCUCACACUGUUAGGAGCAUAAGAAUGAGAUUUUACUACUUGUUCUUACCGUACCAAUAUCCAUUCCUGUAGAUGUUCCACAUCUCCCUGGAUGGAGAGCCUCAGAAUUUGAAUAAUACCAUUUUAUAAUAGUUCCAUUUAUCAAAUUCAGUUUGUGCUAUGUCGGUUUUUAACCCUGAUUUAUGUAUAAAAAAAAGAAGACUUUGAAAAUGGCUUUAAAAAAAUUCACGUCGAAUGUGUAUGAAAGUUGUUUAGGCAAAGUGGCUUUUUAGCUAAACAUACCCUAAGCUACAGUGGCCUCAAACUGCAAGAUGCAUUAACGAACCAAAAACACAACAGCGUCACCACAUGGUGUCUGAGUACCAUAAAGAUUUUUCCAGACUGUGUUCCAGUUAGUCCAGUGAACAUGAUUUAAUGUAAAGUUUCUUCUGUUAUUGUAAUAACACUGUAAUAACAGGAUUAGUAAGGAUAGAAUUAAUUCUUGCUUCUGAUUGACCCAGUUUUCUUUAAGUGAGUUUUAACAUUCAUCUAGAAUGUCUUACACCUUCAGGGUUGGGGCUUUGAUUUCUGCCUCUGUCGUGUGUGUGUGUGUGUGUGUGUGUGUGUGUGUGUGUGUGUGUGUGUGUGUGUGUGUGUGUGUGUGUAAAGUUUGCAUGUUUUCCCUGUGCCUCAGAGAUUUCUUUUGGUAAUGCAGUUUCCUCCCCUAGUCCAAAAACAUGGGCUAUUAGUUGAUUUGGAUUGUGAAUGGGUGUGUGAGUGUGUGUGUGUGUGUGUGUUUGUGUGUGUGUGUGUGUGUGUGUGUAUGUGCAGUAGUGCUCUGUGAUAGAGUGUUAUUCCGUCCAAGGUGUUCGCUGCCUUGUGCCCCGAGUCUCUUAGGAUAAGCAAUGUAGAGGAUGGAUGGAUGGAUGGAUGGAUGGAUGGAUGGAAGCAUCCGUAGGCACAUAAUUCCUCUUAUUGUAAACUUCCACAUUUGUUUUUAAACUAAUGCAGACUGUAGCCAAUCAGUAACAAGCAUGUGAUGUUUAAUAAGGAACUACCGUUUUCGUUUUCAGCUAAUUCUGGCCUGUUGUUGGUUUUGCUGUCAUGUUUACGAAUUUGCGUUUCAGUUUGUCGUGAUUUCUGAUUUGUUGUCAAUGUUUUGGUUUGUUAAUAUGUUUUGCACUUACAGGGCACCGUACUAUGCUAUUUUUUUGAGCUACACCUUGUGUCUCUGGUAAUCUUCAGACCUGGGAAAAGCUAAUAAAUAAGUAUGUUUUAAGAGAUGUCUGGCUGACACAAAAGAUUGUAAAACAACAAAUGUUGUAUGAUAGUUGUUGUAUGAACUAAACUGACGAUUGAAGCUUAAAUUUAUGUUGCUGUUUAUUUUCACUGGCAUGAAUGGAAACAUCAUAAAAUUUUGAAAGAGUCCAACGAUCUGUUCAGAGGAAAUUCAACAUACGAUAACUUUAUUAUAACCAAAAACUUACGUUCAAAUGCAUUUUAAAACAAUCACUAAUUGGCAUUACGAUAUGAAAUGAAGUGAUUAUGGUUUAAAACUCGAUUAGAUGACAGAAAGUAAUUACCAGGUCAGGAACUUUGAGUGCUUACGUCCCAUAAAAACUGCACUGCACAGUGGAAACACUGUAUUAGGCAUAGUGUUGUUAAAUUACCAAAAUUCUUUUAUUAAUUAACACUAUUAUUUUUUUUUGCUAAAUACUCAACACUAUAGCUAUAUAGCAUAGCAGUAAGAUUGGAGAAUAACAUUAUUUUCAGAUCCAUAACACUGUGUGUAUGUACAGUAUAUUAUGAUGAAAUUGGCUUGGAUGAAUUAUUUGAAUACGUCACUAAACCACUCACUGAGAUCUUAAGAAGAAUAAACAUGCGCUUAGUAUAACAGACCUGGAUUACAAACACUGUAAUCAUUAUUUUUAUUUUUUUUAUAAAAAUAUCACUACUUUGCAUAUAAGAAUAACUGUAAGGUUGAGCUAAAAGCCAAUCAUCGACACAUUACACACUGCACCAGCGAAGACCAAGACUUCAAGUCAAGGGUGAGAAAAAAAAAAGUAUGAAAAUGUUUGAAUUAAUCAAAGAAUAAAUAAUGAUGUAAGAUUUUUUCCAACCAGUAGAGCUACAGUACACACAUCUCACAUUAAUACAAUAAAACUCAAGUUAAAGUCUGCUGGCUCAUAACAUUUUGCUCACUAGGUGGUUAAGGGUUUACAAACUAUUUUUUUUUUAUAUCAAUUAAUAAUUACUACAAUAAUUAUUUUGAGCCAUUUCCCAAUGAUGCUAUUCUUAUAAUACAGUAUUUUCCUCCUGAGAUGGUCCGGCUUUCUUUUUUUAAUUUUUUUCCUUUGUUUGCUUUUACCAUAGAAUUAAUUGUAAGAUCUACAGUAUUCACCUUUUCCCAGAAAUAUAGCAGAUAAUGACUGAGUCAUUUAAAUUCUACUCAGCAAAAUGAUUUCUAUUGUACAGAGUCGUUUGAUUUCACAUGAAAUGCGCGUACACGAUUAUGA